CGGGUGGACCCCCCGCCUUCCUCUCGCCAGGACUGCCUUUUUUCCCCCCCUUUCUUUUCCCUUUCUUGAUUUGGCGAGAAAAUUCUUGCGGCCUCCAUUGUAAGUUCUAGAUUUUCAUCUUGUCCUCCUGACACCUCCUUUAACCUUCCCCCAUCCCCCGCCAACACUUUUUUUUUUUUUUUUUUUUUUUAAACUAGAGCGGCGAGUGGGCUGGAGAGCCAACAAACCCUCGCCUUCACACUACAUCCUAUACAGACAAGCUCCUGGAAUUGCAGGGCCUUUUCCCCAGGACCCUGUACCUCUCUCGCAGGAACCCCGUGGUUAGACCCCCCUCCAAAAAAAAUCUUUGCACCCACGGGCACCUCCCGACAUCCAGGGACCUUAUUCCUGCGAAAAAGCCCUCUCUCCUUCGGUCUUCGUUCAUUUCUGAAAGAACUUGGGGACUGGGAAAAAUGGGCUCCUUCAAGUAAUCCGGAGCGAGGGCGAGGGUUGUCGCUCUGGGAAUCAGGUGCGAAGGUCAGGAAGGAGGAGGUCAGCCUUGAUUGGCUCAGGCUGCGCCUUUCUCCCCCGCGCCCAUCCAUCUCCUGUUAGGGUCACAGAAGGAGCCUGCACAGCCGACCAGAAGGGGCGCCUUGGGGGUCUGGGAAUAUCUGGGGCCAGGACGCCUGCAGAGAGGGGACGGUGGGGGGGCGGUGGGGGCGGUGGAUGAGACCUCGCUUAGGCUCCUGGGUGGUUCUGGAAGCCGGAAAACAACUUGUUUCUAAAGCAGGCGGACUGGUUUGCACCAGAGGGAUUUUGCCUGAGAUCUGUGUGUCUAUAAAUACCGGAAUAAAUACCAGAAAGGUGCUGCUGGGUUGGUGGUGUUCGUGGGGUGCCUGCCCUCUGCAGCCACCACUCCCCCCCACCCCCCGACCCCCACUCUUGGGAGGGAGCUGGCUUAACCAACAAGGUUGCUGGAACCUGAAGCCCGCCUCGGUCAGGAUCUGCAGAGUCUCUAGGCAAGUUGGCUGUCUCGAGUUGCGCUGAAAUUCCGGGUAGAUAUGCCUGGCUCAGGCAGCGCCUUCAUCCCCACCAUCAACGCCAUCACGACCAGCCAGGACCUGCAGUGGAUGGUACAGCCCACAGUGAUCACCUCCAUGUCCAACCCAUACCCCCGCUCGCACCCCUACAGCCCCCUGCCAGGCCUGGCCUCUGUCCCCGGGCACAUGGCUCUCCCAAGACCCGGCGUGAUCAAGACCAUUGGCACCACUGUGGGCCGCAGGAGGAGAGAUGAGCAGCUGUCCCCUGAAGAGGAGGAGAAGCGUCGAAUCCGGAGGGAGAGGAACAAGUUGGCCGCAGCCAAGUGCCGGAACCGUCGCCGGGAGCUGACGGAGAAGCUGCAGGCGGAGACAGAGGAGCUGGAGGAAGAGAAGUCGGGGCUGCAGAAGGAGAUUGCCGAGCUGCAGAAGGAGAAGGAGAAGCUGGAGUUCAUGCUGGUGGCCCACGGGCCUGUGUGCAAGAUCAGCCCUGAGGAGCGUCGGUCCCCACCGGCCUCUGGGCUGCAGCCCCUGCGCAGUGGGGGCAGCGGAGGCGUGGGCGCCGUGGUGGUGAAGCAGGAGCCCCUGGAAGAGGACAGCCCCUCAUCCUCGUCCGCGGGGCUGGACAAGGGCCAGCGCUCCGUGAUCAAGCCCAUUAGCAUCGCUGGGGGCUUCUAUGGGGAGGAGCCCCUGCACACCCCCAUCGUGGUGACCUCCACUCCUGCCAUCACUCCGGGCACCUCGAACCUCGUCUUCACCUACCCCAGCGUCCUGGAGCAGGAGUCACCGGCGUCGCCCUCCGAGUCCUGCUCCAAGGCUCACCGCAGAAGCAGUAGCAGUGGGGACCAGUCAUCAGACUCCUUGAACUCCCCGACUCUGCUGGCUCUGUAACCCAGCUCCCUGGGGGGGUCCUCGACACUGCCUCCUUCCCAGGGACCAGCACCUUCCAGCGCUCCAGGGCCCUGAGGGCAAGAGGGGACCCUGCCGGAGAGCUUCCUGGCUCGGGGGAGACCCAGGUGGGAUUUGGCGGUGAGGCAUUGGAGGACUUGGAUGGUCUCUUGAAAGCCGCAAGACCUCCUCCCUCGUUCAUCCUGCAGAGCAAAUCCUGUUUCUUGAAAAGCCUUGGAGAACUUGGUUUGGUGGACUCGGCAUCUCUCUGGCUUCUGAAGAGCCUGAAGCUGGUGUGGACCGUUCCCGCCCCUUUCUCGUGAUGUGUCUCUGGAGUGAUGGUGUCUUUCCCGGCCCCACCAAGCAUGCUCAGUGCCUUUUGGUUUCACCUUCCUUCUAUUUACCCCUUCCUCCCCCCAUGUCAGUUUCACUUCCUCUUGGUUGUUGUCAAAUUUGCCAUGACAUUUCAUCUGGGUGGUCUGAAUAUUAAAACUCUGCAUUUCUGGAGAUGGGGCAGCAGGUGACUCUUCUGCUGGGGCUGACUUGUCCAGAAGGGGACAGUCAACGUGCAAUACAGAACCUUCCCUCCCCUGACACUCCCCGGCCUGCUACCAUCUCCAGAACCACCGGCAGGGCUCCCUGGGCUCUCAAGGAGAUGCCACCACCACCGGGAGGCUUGCAGGACUCUUCCUCCCCAUCCUCCGACACAGCUCUUGGAGGAGUGGCUUGGCCAGAAGACAGGGUGUGAGUGAGACAGCCGGGGCACAGAUUGGGUUUGCCAAAUGCCUAAUUACCCGGGCAUUUGGAAUAGUGCCAACAAGCCACACAGGCAUCCCAGCAGGCCUCUCUUCGCCUGGUGUCUUGAGUAGGACGUCGCCUGUAAUUACUGCCUCGGACCCUUCUCUCCAGACCAGGGAGGCACCGCUCCCUCCUGAGGAACCACUCCACGUGCCUGCUCCGCCCUCCACCCUCCCGCACCUGCCUCGCGGGGUGACGCACCUGCCUCGCAGGGUGACGCCACCCAUGGAGGUUUAAUGAGCGUGGGCUGGCCUCUCCCUACAUUGCUGCCAUGUGGCCCCUCCCCAAGCCUCAAAGGCACCCCUGCUGUGGCUGCAAAGGCUGGGGGAGGCAGUUGGGUGGCCGGUGCCCCAGCACCUGCCUCUCACCUCUCAGUGAGGCAGCCGGCCUUUUCUUCCGCCUCCGGUCAUCUGCUCCCUGAUGGGUCUAGCGCUUUCUCUUUUGCACUCCCCUGCCCCUCCCCCUAGUGUGCUCCUCAGGUCGGUCAGCCAGCUGUGAACAGCUGGCCAGAGCUGUGGCUGUGGCUUGCAGCUUGCUUACAUGCCAUUCCUGGGGCGCGGGCGCUGAAAUCGGGGCUCUGUUGCUUCCCCCUGCAAACAGCAAGCAAGUCGCCCCCUCCCAUGGGGUGGGGGGUGGGGAAGGGGUCCGAGAGCACAGCUCAGCCGGGCUCCCUGGGAUCCCCUCCUCCCACCCCUCUGAGCCUUUUCCUCCCCAGGGCUGAUCUUCCAGAAUUGGCCUCUGCCAGGCUAAUGCUCUGAGGGAGACCCCACCAUGGUGAUUCAGCUCUAGUGAUCAUUGUGUGGUCAUUUAAAACUAUAUAGGUAUUAUUUAAAUCAACCCAGUGGGGGUUAAAUCUCAAAGCUGGUCUUAGGGGGAUGGGGGAGAGAGAGAGAGAGGAGAGCAGUGACACAGUUGCUCACCUGUUCCCUUCGCACACCCAGGCUGGCACGCUGGCCGGUAUUUAAUGUCCAUUAGCUACUUACCAUGCACUAGACACUCAGAGUGGAACAGCCGUGUGCCUAAAAUACACAGCCCGCUGUGCCUGGAAGUGACGUGUUGGAGGGAUAGGGCACACAGAGGAGAUGAAGAGAAAAGGGUUUUGUCCCCAGAUGCUUUAAAGAUGUUAUUUCCCACAUUCCUUGGCCGUGAUGUUGCCUUCCCAGUUUCCCAGAGGUUCUGGGAAGGGUGCUUCUAAUAAGGUGGGCAGUUGGCUUUCCCGUUUCAGAUUAAAGAAAGAUGCAGAAGUCAGCCAGGAGUGGUAGGAGACAAACAGAGAAAACUGGGGUGCGCUCAGCUCUGAAAGGUUUAAUCAUCUCAAGUGGUGUCUGUGGCCAGUUGGGAGCUAUUCCCUUCUUUUUGCAUAUAUAUAUAUAUAUAUAUAUAUAUAUAUAUAUGUAUAUACGUAUAUAUAUAUAUAUAUAUGUAUUUCUUGAAUGAGGCUGCUUUCUUGUGUUUUAUUUCUCAAAGUCCCUUUGUGCCCCUCUUUGCACAGCACUGAUCCCAAGGUAGGUCCCAAUCUGUGACUUGGGGCCAGGCUGGACAUUCCUGAGACAGAGUCUGGCUUUAGUUCAGAUUUCAAGCUACGGUGACUUUGGGACCAGCAGAAAGCAAAAACCCAGGCACCCAGCAGGAUUUCGAGGCUUCCGAGCUGUGUUUCUCUUCAAGACCUCCUAGCUUUGUUCUAGGAGGUCCUCUGGCUUCCCCAAAGCCAGAGGUUAUUUGGAGAAGGCUGGAUAUUCCCACCAAACUCACCAGCAUAUCCUCAGUUCCUUUCUUCUGGCUGGUUUUCCAAGUUCACGCCUGACGCCAGGAUUGCUGCUUCCAGCUCUCUGGCUCCAGCUUAGGGAGCUGCUGCAGCAUGGGGGCCUCUGCGCUUGGGCAGAGAGCUGCUGAGCUUCCCCCGUGUCCCCAGCCGUGAGGCAGCUGGUGUGGACUCCAGUUGGGCUGCAGGCAGCCCUGGGCCGGCAUAGGGCAGGUACUUCUUGACAGCCUGGUGAGAAACAGUCCCCUUGGCCACCUGGCUGGCCUCUCUGGGAAUAGUCCUCUUCCUGGCCGGGUGGAUGGGGACGGCUGCUGACACAGGAAAGAGGAGAUCCCAGGUGAGGCUUAGGAAACUGCCAGAGCCAACCUGAAGCAGAGACUCCACUGGGGAAGUUUUCAGAAAGAAAUCAUUGUCCUGCCUGUGAGAUAGGCCAGGCGGGUCCACCGUGGCCAGUCACAUGAGCAUCUCAAAGCCAAGAACCAUCAGAGGCUACUGCUUCCCUUUCUAAGGCGCUGGGGAAAGGGGCCUCCUCUCUGCUCCCCCUUGGCUUCAUUUUAAGGAUGAGCUCAACUUAGAGGCAUUGGGACUUUUCUUCCCAUUCCUUGAUGGACCAACAGUGCUGCUUGCACUCUCGGCUUGUAACUUUCAGGUUGAUUUCUGCCCCUGAUCAGACAUCCAUGUGGCUUCUUUAAGAAGACAGCACCUCCUAUGUGCCAGGCACUGUGUUAGGCACUUUUAUAUAUACAUCCCCUCUUUAGGAUGAGACUAAGUGAUGGGGACGUCCCUUAUUAAAGGCCCCUGAGUAAUGGAUAAACGAAAACACUUGUGAGAAGGUCUUUCUCCAAAGAGCCAAGGCAAGAUUGCCUUUGGCCUGAAGUUUGUUCUCAAAGACCCACCCCCUACAAUAGCCUCCCCACGCUGAACUUCUUUUCCCUGCCAUGUGCUCUUUUGCGCUCUUGAGGUGGUUGGAAGGGUAACCUGAGUCCUUGUGGACUUUGUGGACCAAUAGGGUAUGUGGGGCGUGUAACUUUCUUUUAAAAACUUAAGUAAAGGGGUCUUUGCUACUUUCUGCUUGUUGAGUCUUCUUGGCAUCCAACCUAAAAGCCAGCAUCUCACUAUUUAUUGACAGGGUGUGUGUGUGUGUGUGUGUGUGUGUGUGUGCACGCACGCCUGUAUUUCUAGGUGUGCCCAUGUCCUCCUGCAGCUUUUAAAAAGAAAACCCAGUUGCCCCAGUACUAAUUUGGUAUCUUCUCAUGCCUAGUCUAGUAUUUUGGCCGUACGUCCCCAAACAGUUUUAAUUUUCCAGGCUGACAUGUUCAAGAGGGGCUGGGUCACAUGUUGAGCGGGGUAUGGGAAGGGGAGGGGGAGAAGACGUUAACAUUUAUUUUAUUAUUUAUUUGAACUGUUUACAUCUUUGUGUUGCACCAAGCCUGAAUAGAAACAGAUAGCAUUAAAAUGCUCAGUCCCUCUCUCCCUCUCUUCCUUCUUUGUAAUUUUUUAAAAAUUAGCCUAAGCAUCAUUAGGCUAAUGAUGCUUUUUUUUUUUUUGGUUUCAAAAAUGACUCGUGACUUGUGCUGUACAAACUGUAUAAAAAAGGUUCUGUUUUUAAAGAUGGACUGUCAUUUCCUCGGGACAGUGGUCACUGAGAAGUCUCCAUUGUAAGAGAACACAGCAAAAGGUCCUGCCCUGUUCCUCAGAAAUUACUCUCUCUGUAUGAUUAAAAGUUUAUUCCAUUUAUUUUAGUGUGUGGUUACUUGAUGUCGAGGAAGAAAAAAAAAAAAUUCGCCUUUGUAUAAAGACUAGGUAUCAGGGUGUCUUUUCUGUAGCGAGAGCUGUAUAUAUAGUAUUUUGGUAUAUAGUGGAAAAUCAUAAGCUUUGUGCAUCUGUAUUUGAGGUAUGUUGAUGAUGUGGGGUAAAGAUCCUGGAGGCAAAAAAUAAAAAUAAAAAUAAACGUCGUACAAGACUCUAUAGCUC